GAGUGCUGCAGCACUGUUCGCUUCAAGUCAACGAAACGAGCUUCCAAGUUGGUUACUCUGUGUGGAGUUGUUUCGUUUGGUCGCGUCGGUCGAAGGAGUCGGUUGUUCGUUUUCAUGCGCGCAAGUAACGGUUGCCUUAGCGCGAAUGCCAUCGCCUGUUUUACUGUUAUUUUAACUCGGGACGUCCAUGCGUCCGUGCGCCCCUGCGUCCCUGCGCUUUCCUGUCUCUGUGUAUGUGUGGGAGACAAACAAAUAGCAAAACGAAAAGGAAAACCAUAGAGAGGAAUUCCGCAAAAAGGGGGGUGGCGAACAUCCUGUUUUUCUGCGCCCGCUGCCAGAGUAACCACCCCCUCUCAGGGACGACAACAACAAAGUGGACUUGAGUAUAAAAGCGAAAAAAGGAAAUAAAUAUACGUACGAACCGUUAACUGCGCCAUUUGUACUUCGCAACAACAAAUGGAAGAAAUAAAAGCAUAACUAUAAAGCUGUGUGUAUGUGUUUGACGGAGAGAACAAAAUCAACAACAAGAAAUCGUAGUGAAGAAGAUUGUUAAUAAAAGAGGUCGGCAUAUGCAAAACAAAAAGCCACUCGAAGAAAGUAAUAUUGAAAGGCACACAAAGUGAAAAAGAGCAAAUCUAAAAGAAGGCCGAUAAAAAGCAAAAACAUUGAACUGGACUCUGAAGCUACAACUUCAAACUGUUUAACUAUGCCUAAUACACGUUUAUAAUCCGCAAUUAAACCAUCAAAACAUGCUGAAAAAUCGGUUGGGAAUUAUAUGAAUCCUUCCCAUUGCUGGAUUGCAUCAUUCGUCGAGGGCGUGGCUUAGCAUUAAAUGUAAUGUACAGCUCUCAAGCAGGACCUUUCAUCAUUCACACAUCAUCAUCAUCAUCAUCCGAGCCAUCUUCUCCAGGCCCAAUAACACAAUGUCCACAACAGCAACUGGACUAAAGUCGGGAUCCAAAGGAGCCUACGGCGUCGGGACGGAUACGGAUCACAUCAUAACCAUCAGCACUGCCAGCUUGACGGAGUCGCACAGCGAAAAUCCCGUAAAGGGAGUAGUCACUCCGGUCAGAAAGCCCAAUUCCCUGGGAAGUGAAGAUACCCCAGAAAACAUAAUUCCCGGUGACCAGGCUGAGCCAGAUAAGAAACCCCUCCACUUGUGCCGGCUGUCCCAGCUGGUGAGCUAUCAGAGUAACAUCGCUGAUGUCCAGCACCGGAAGGGAAGACGCCUCCACGGAUUGCAGCUGCCACUGCAUCCACUCCAACUUUUUGGCUGGCUAGUCCUCCUCCUGUUUGGAGUGGCUAGCUACUGGGUGCUCAUUCCGGCCUUUCAUGCCCGCAUCCAAGGACCACUGUACGGACUGAUCACCGGGCUCUAUCUGGUGCACAUUGCCUCUCAUUUGACGGCUUUACUGACAGAUCCUGCGGACAAGGAGUUGCGGCGAGUGCAUCGCAACGAUCGGAUUGUCCCGGAGUUCGACCGGUCGAAGCACAGUCACGUGAUAGAAAACGGUCGGUGCCAUCUGUGCAACAUCCGGACCUCCUCGAGCCGCACCAAGCACUGCUCCGUGUGCAACAAGUGCGUGGGCAAGUUUGAUCACCACUGCAAGUGGCUGAACCACUGCAUCGGAUCGCGUAACUAUGUGGCCUUCCUGAUGUGCGUGGUCAGCGCUGUGGUGGCCACCCUGGUCAUCGUGGCCGCCGUGGUGGCCCAGAUCGUUUUCUACUAUGUCCAGCCUGAGUGGUUAAGCUUCUACUGGUGCCCCACGGAAUCGAGCCACACAAUUGAGAGUGGCGACUACAUAAACAUCACCCUGAGCCUGGGCAACGGCACCAUGAUGCUAAUAGAGCAGCACACUUCUGAGGAGGACGUGCAUCAGGAAAACUGGGACGAGGAGCAGGCAAAUAUGACCAUCUCAACACUGCCCACCCUUCUGGAGAAUUUUACAGCUCUUAUAGAAGCGAGCACAACGCAGCCUGGUAUUAGUCCCACUAAUCACACUGUUACGCAGCCAGUAGUGGCCGGAAUCGGACUCAACGAAACCAUUUUCCUGUUUCUCCUGGGAGUUCUGGGACUGCUCGCCGCAGUGAGUGCGGGACUGCUGCUCCACCUGUGCUUCUUUCACAUCUACAUCUCGUUCCUGGGACUGACCACCUAUGAAUACAUUAGGAACCACCGUCAGGCUCAGGAUGCCAAGAGCAAGCAGCUUCUGGAGGGAGCCACCAGUGUGGGAGCGCCCAAAAAUGGAAACGUACAUUUCUCGGCUUCAUUGCCCGAGCCACAUAAUCCGUCCAAGUCCCUACCAGGAGGUCAGCAGCUCUACUGCUGUUCCAGUGGCCCACAUCCCAGCCAGCACUCCCAGGAAUCGGUUGGUCAAACGGAGCAAUCCCUGCGGUUGCACUGCUGUGCCAGCUCUAGGGAGUUCCACCAGAGCGGGCAGGCCAUAUACGUUUGCUCACUGCUGGAGGAGACAACUCCGCAAAUCCAAGUUGAGCCGGAUGCUCUGAGCAGCUUCCAUUGUUGCUCUAGCUUUGCCGCAAGUUCCCUGCAGCGUAGGGUCAGCUUGGCUAAAGGAUCGCUGAUCUCAGCCGAGCCGCGUCAUCUGAGACCAGCGACUUAUCUGCAGUACACUGAGCAGUGUACGCUCUGCACAUUCCGUCUAAGAAGAGGAUCAGGACCAGGGACAGGAUCUUCAGGAGCUGUAAGCAGCGCCGGCGGAAGUAGCAGCACUCGCACAUUAACCAGUCAAACUGGCGGCUCCUCCGCCUCGGCCACAGCAGCCGGGAAUAUCUCCAAGCAUCAGCGGUGGCGAAGGAAAUGGAAUUGCUGCGCCGCGGUUCCAGAUAGCCCCGAUUUGCCCAAUGACCUUCUCGCUGCCCUAACGUUUCGCGAAAGCGAGGAAGCAGCAGCGGCAGCCAAACUAAACACCCAGGAGCUGCCUAUCCAGUUCAUACGCACGCUAAACGGCGGUUUGGAUCAGGAGCUACCUCUGAAGGCGGCAACAGCCACUCCUACGCCACCCAGAAGUUCCCGUCUUCGCUACAUGCUGCGUCUACUGGGACGCUAUCGAAGACCACGCUGUCGCCAUGGGGCCCACCAUGGAAUUGCUGCCAAAGAGCACCAGAAUAUCGGGGGCUCUGCAAUCAAACAAAAUCAAAUACGUCCGCUGCAACUGCAGGCAGCUGGGCGUGGCUAUGCUAAUUCCACUGCCACGUCAACGCCGCCCGCAAGUUCGCCAAGCAGAAGUUCCUUGGAGAGCAGCGAUCUGAGCACCAGCACGAGCCCUUCGUGUGGCAACAAGGAGCUGAUGCUGCUGCCCACAUCCGUGAUAAGGGACGACAGCGUGACCACCUACACGCUUACCCUGCCGCCUGCCCUGCCACCACCUACGAGGAGAAAAAUGAACCAGACCACCCAAGAGCUGGCGGAGUUGGCGGAGACCUUGGGGUUCGCCAGCAAUUUGCAGCACAGUCAGCAUGGCAGCCAGACCAGCAGUCGAACGUUGCCCAGUUUCGGGAAUGUCUACCGCCGGCAGAGGCGGAAGCACUUCUUGCGGACACGAUCUCCCACACUAUCGCCCAUCCACGAGUCCGGCCUAUCGAAUCCAACCUCGCCCCAGCCCUUGCGGCACCACCACCAGAAUCUAGCCAACUCGAACUCCAAUCCGGCCAAAGCCACGUCCUCGCCUAUGCUUAAUCGCAACUCAGGAUCUGCGAACUCAUCGGCACUUCUAGUCCAGAAUCUGUGCAACUUGGCAGGGGAAACGCUGAGGAAGACCGCAUCCAACAGUUCCCUGCAGAGCCUCAGCUCCAAUUCGAGCAGCACCUAGAAUGAGUGUCUGUGUCCCUUUAGUCCUUAGGCUAGCUUUAGUCCCCCUUAGCCAUAGUCCCCCGCAGCCCAAGCAGUUCCGUUGAAGUUUCGGAAAUCAAUUAAUCCGCACAUAAGCGCUGAAAGUCAUAACUAAAAUCAAUUACGCACGAGGAGGAGUGGGAGUGGAUUGGGUGGUUAGCUGUCGAGGCCAGUAAAGGAAAUUGCCUUUGAUGCGAUGCGGUUUCAUUGCCAAACUUAAUUACCGCUUUUGGUCGAAGUUCCUUUGUUUGAGUUUUUGGAUUGCAUAUUUGGUUUAUUAAGAGUCUGGUGUGGAAAGGUCAUAUUUAUUACAGACAGUAUAUUACGUUUUCUAACACAUAGCGCACUUCUAUUUAUAAUAGGUUGCUAUAUAGUUUUACUUUAGUUAUUUACGAAUGUAGAAACAAUCUUUUAAGAAAGCUAGUUCCAAACUCAUAUUAUUAUUUAUAGCAUAUCUAUAAGAAAUUCUUUUCCCAUUAAAGUUUCUGCAUUAACAUAUUUUUUCCAACCCCUAAUUGGAUUUUUAAGCCCGCGCUCUCUUAAGCUCCUGUUUUUCUAACGGAAUCCUUUUUGAUGACAUCUUCAGUCCCCAAAUGCAUCGAGCUGCUUUCUCCCAAACUAAACAUGUAUUUGGCAUCCUUUGAAUGACUUUGCAGUUGAGUUGAUAAAAUAUGCAACAGAAUGUGCUCAAGAGUUCGAGCUGGGUGACUUUACUCAUUUUCCGCACCCACCCCUUUGCUAGUAUUGAUUUUCAUUUUGGAAAACGUGCAAGCGGAGGCGUCGGCUUAUUACGUAUUGUAUCUGCAGCUGAAGCUUCGUUUGUAUCUGAAUCCGCGUAGCCGUGUAUCUGGCGCCAUCCCACUGCCAAACAGAUGGAAAAGGGACGAGGAUAUGACUGCAGCAUGUUGCCAAAUAGUUACGCAAAUGCUUUCAUUCGAUCUCAAUUCAAAUGCGGAGAAAACCCCCAACCAAAAAACUGACGAUGGCAAUUGUCUCGGGUUCCACUUGAUUUUGACGACUUUCCCUCGGCCCAUUAAAUAUUCCGAAGCUGAAUAAUUAAAGCGACGGGAAAACAGGUACGCGGGUCCCGGGGAAGUGGAAUUCAGUGGAGUCAAAAGCGGUAUUGGAUGAGUGCAUGUGCUCAUCCUCCUCAGUUGUCAGUCGGACUGCUAACUGCUAUCAGGGCUCAAAAGCACUGCUAGGCAUACGGAUAGACAGCCGUAACGACUACGCACAUGACACUCCGGGAUUGAGGUGGUGCUCCGUCUCUUUAUUGCGCCAGACAGUCGGUGGUUCAUGUUAUAGGAACUGACAGCAGGGAAAGUCCAUGUUUAACCGCCUGGAGCUGAGCAGGUGGGAGUGGCAGUGGUGUCAGAUAGAUGGAUUGGUAGAAAGAUUCGCUUUGAGUUCAGAGAGUGCCCGUUGAGUUCGAGGUCGAGCUUUAGUGCGCUUAGUUUUUUUGUCGAGUGGCCAUUCUAAAUCAAUGUGUUACCCUUAAUCCAGACUUUCAAUUUUCUGUGUUCUUCAGAAAGGGAGGGAUUCUAGGUGAGAUUCUUUGAGAUUCGUUUUGACGUUUUUUGGAACCAAUUUCAUUUUGAUUCAGCUAUCGAAAAUGUUGUAAAUAAGUCGACAGGCAAUUCUGUGCCUUUGACACGCAAUUCCUAAGUAACAAAUUACUUUUAUGCCACGCAAACUUUAACUUUGGUGAACGUCUUUAAACUGGCAAAAAGUGCUCUGACCUUUCAAUAUUUUUAAGAUACUAUAGGAGUGUUGUUGUUCCCAAUUAACGAAUUUGAGCUGUGUCCGCCUGUCGGCGUAUUGCUCCAAUUAAGAGGGUUGGCUUGCUGAAAAUGUCGUUGCCUCACGGAGGCCUCCUUACAUGGACUCGGGUAAUGAGGGGUAGAAGAGUGUCGUUAGCCCCAUAUCAAAAGGAAAACUUGACUCCCAGCGACUGACAUGCAUUAUUGCAGGUGGCUUCGGGUCGAGCUCUGUUCGUUUUCAGUGACAAGAGACAGACGCUUGGUAAAUGACUCAAAAUAACAUAAUGCAGCGACUGUAAGUGGAUUUUCAAUGCACAGACAGUUGCAGCAACAAUUUUCCCCACCUUUCCCAUUUUCAACGUUUAUUUCCGCAAGCAAAACCCGCUGCAUACUUUUUAGGGCGCUCUGUGGCUCUGUAUAGGUGUGUGUGUUAUUUUGGGAUGGUGUGCGUGCGAAAAUGUUUAAUUUGAUGGCACUUGGCGAUACCAUUUGAACUGCUUUAAAGGGUAUAUGCAGGGUACAUAGCGCGAAACACCGGAUAUUUAUUUUUAUAAAAAUAUAUUCGACUUUAAUUGCAUGUUCGUGUCAUGCUCCCAAGCUUCUGGCUAUUGGGCACGCCCCCAAAAGUGGCGGAGCGGACUGCCAGGCAACACCCUCGAACUUUCAGUUUGGCUGAAGCCCGGUGGUGAAGUUUGUUUACGAGACAUAAAGCAGGAAUAUGCAUAUUCUCGGUAAAUUUGGGGCGGGGCUGCUCCCACUUGACUGACUUUCCCUAUGGCAACAAAUGCAAUACUCCUGCUGCUUUUGCUGUAGUCGUCGUCCUGGUCGUCCUGGUGAUGGCCGUGCAUCAAUUAUAAAACAUUUUCUGCCUUCCGAUUCUAUGCUUUUCUGACAUGCAAGCCGAAAAUGUUCUUCAUUUUUUGCAAACGGCAGGAGAAACACUGGAAUUCAAAUUGGAUUUAAUUGAUUACCAAUUUUUUUUUUUUUUUUUUUGUGUAUACAAAGCCAUAUGUUAUUCUAUGUUCUGAGUUCUAUUUUUACGUUUGGAAACAAAAUAACUUUAUAAAUUGCAUUACUACCACAAACUGCGAGAGCCAUUUAUUCAAGUGUAGGCGCAACACCUUCCUUGAAAAGUGGUCUUAUUUCUCGGUUGGCCUGUAGGACAAACGAAUCAUGAUUGAUUGGGCCUGAAUUGGGUGCGAAGGCUCACCAGGACAGACAGUUGCCCCUGCUGCCCCUCAAUCGCUCCUUUCCUCUUCCGUGCUGUUAUUAGCAAUGGUAGUUAGGUUAGCUCCAGCUCCCCGUCCACUUGGGCCAACACACUCCUUUUGUUUCGCCUUGUGCCCUGCAAUGACAUUUUCAGUUGCUUUGCUUUUCCCUUUUCGUUGGUUCAACGAACUUCUGGCUCUCGGCUCUUUUGUUGAAUUAUCAGCCAGGUGGAAUAUUCAGGACAUGCAUACUUAGGUGGAUCCGACCGCCCCUUUAAUAUGCUUUUCAAUUUAGUUAAUGACUUUUUGUAUCCCUUCUGGGCAGUUCCAUCUGUAACCUAAGCUUAAACAAAUUAUCAAAGAAAACGAAAAACAUAAAAAAAGAGAAAUGUUUAUGAGACUGGAGUUGGGAAAAGAAUGUAUGAAAACAAAUUAAAGAUUGAAAAGUAAAACAAUAAUUAUAAUAAUUUAGCCAGGCCAAUUAGGUGUGAAAUUAAAAGCACGAUUAUGAAAAACAUAUAUAUUUUGAUAAAAUGUGCAGUGAACAGGAAGUAAGCGAAGAUUAUAGCCCCAGAAAGUAUGCUAUAAAAUGAUGUGAAAACAUUCGACAUUUAAAGACUAUGCUUUGUACCAUAAACGGAAAAUAAAAAUUGUUCAAAUGAAAAAAAGUUGGUUUAAUUUUGUU